AUGAAGAUGCUCCAGUACCUGCGCGACUUCUGUACCGACGCCGAGCGCGUGGAGGCCCUCCUGGGGCAGCUCCUCAACCCUCGCAUGUCUCCCCGCUCCUUUGACGAUCGCGACCACGACCUCCUCCUCGAGAACGAAACUGACGGCGAAGACUCGGAGGAGCGACAGCUCGAAUCGGACCGACAGAAGCUGCGCCAGCCGGCCCCGGUCAUGGUCGUGCCUAAGAAGGCCAGCGUGGGUCCCUCUCGCCACCAGCAGCACCAGCAGCAGGAGGAGCCUUCGGCCUCGCCUCCAGCUACACACCACCCUCGACCUGAUCUGGGAGUUCUCCCUCUUGCCCCUCCCGCUGCCGCAGCCGAAAGCACCCCAGCCGAUGAUGAUUCCUCAGGGGAGGGAAGCAGCUCCUACAACGCCCUGCUCUACUACUGCGUGCUCCAUCGCGGGCGCGGCAGCACCACCGGCGGCGGUGGUGGUGACGGUACCUCCCACCAGCCGCUGCCCCCUGCCGUCGAUGUCUCCGCACGCUGGCGAAGCCUCAAUUUCCUUCCCGCACCCGGCCUGUCGACAUAA